GGUGGCGGCGGCGCGCGGCGGCUCUCGCGUGAGCGGCGGCGGCCGGAGCGUCCGGCAGGGCGACGGGCGGGCGGAGUGCCCGCGUCUGCGAGGCGGCCCGGCGGGGCCCGGCGGCGGCGCCAUGUGGAGCGGCCGGAGCUCCUUCACCAGCCUGGUCGUGGGCGUGUUCGUGGUGUACGUGGUGCACACCUGCUGGGUCAUGUACGGCAUCGUGUACACCCGCCCGUGCUCCGGGCACGGCCGCUGCAUCCAGCCCUACCUGGCGCAGAGGCCCAAGCUGCAGCUCAGUGUGUAUACCACCACGCGGUCUAAUCUGGGCGCUGAGAACAACGUGGAUCUGGUCUUGAACGUGGAGGACUUUGACGUGGAGUCCAAAUUUGAAAGGACAGUCAACGUCUCUGUUCCCAAGAAAACGAGGAACAAUGGCACGCUGUACGCCUACGUCUUCCUCCACCACGCCGGCGUCCUGCCCUGGAACGACGCGAAGCAGGUGCACCUGGUGAGCCCGCUAACCACCUACAUGGUCCCCAAGCCGGAGGAGGUCAGCCUGCUGACCGGGGAACCUGCGGCACAGCAGCAGAUCGAGGCCGAGAAGAGGCCGACGAGUGCCCUGGAUGAGCCGGUUUCUCACUGGAGGCCCAGGCUGACCCUAAACGUGAUGGUGGACAACUUCAUCUUUGACGGGGCCUCCUUGCCCGCGGACGUGCAGCGCUACAUGAAGAUGAUCCAGCUGGGGAAGACGGUGCAGUACCUGCCCAUCCUGUUCAUUGACCAGCUGAGCAACCGCGUCAAGGACCUCAUGGUCAUCAACCGCUCCAGCACUGAGCUGCCGCUCACCGUGUCAUACGACAAGAUCUCGCUGGGGCGGCUGCGCUUCUGGAUCCACAUGCAGGACGCCGUGUACUCACUGCAGCAGUUCGGAUUCUCAGAAAAAGAUGCUGACGAAGUGAAGGGGAUCUUUGUCGACACCAACUUGUAUUUCUUGGCGCUGACCUUCUUCGUGGCUGCAUUCCACCUGCUUUUUGAUUUCCUGGCGUUUAAAAACGACAUCAGCUUCUGGAAGAAGAAGAAGAGCAUGAUCGGCAUGUCUACCAAAGCAGUGCUCUGGCGCUGCUUCAGCACCGUGGUCAUCUUCCUGUUCCUGCUGGACGAGCAGACGAGCCUCCUGGUGCUGGUGCCUGCGGGCAUUGGAGCCGCCAUCGAGCUGUGGAAAGUGAAAAAGGCCUUGAAGAUGACCGUCAUCUGGAGAGGCCUAUGGCCCACAUUUCAGUUUGGCACUUACAGUGAGUCUGAGCGGAGGACAGAGGAGUACGACGCCCAGGCCAUGAAAUACCUAUCUUACCUGCUCUACCCUCUCUGCAUCGGGGGUGCCGUCUACUCACUGCUCAACAUCAAGUACAAGAGGUGGCCCGGGCUAGCCCACCAAGAGCAGCCCCCGCUGCGGCCCCAGCACCGGAGGGGCCGGGGGCCUCGGUCACGACAGGCCGAGUGGCGCCCCCGUCACCUGCCCUUGCCUUCCAGCUGGUAUUCCUGGUUGAUCAACAGCUUCGUCAACGGGGUCUACGCAUUUGGCUUCCUGUUCAUGCUGCCCCAGCUCUUCGUGAACUACAAGAUGAAGUCAGUGGCCCACCUGCCCUGGAAGGCCUUCACCUACAAGGCCUUCAACACCUUCAUCGACGACGUGUUCGCCUUUAUCAUCACCAUGCCCACCUCCCACCGGCUGGCCUGCUUCAGGGACGACGUGGUGUUUCUCGUGUACCUGUACCAGCGGUGGCUUUAUCCCGUGGAUAAGAGUAGAGUGAACGAGUUUGGGGAGUCCUACGAGGAGACCCCCCAGCGGAAACCCCACACAGACUGAGCCAGUCAAGGCGCCGCUGCAGAGGGUCGGCGGCUCAGGUGGGCCUCCCGCCAUCACAGCCUCUACGUUGCCAAACCCCCGAGUCUCCUUCACAGCCUCGGGUGCGUCCACCUCACGGCCUCGGGUGCCUCCACGUCGUGUCCGCGGUGCCGACGGCGCUGAUGACGCCCCCGCACGGACGUCCGUCCUGGUCGCCGGGUCUGGUGCCCAUGGGUGCUGGGCCGCUCCUGCGGGGUCCCCACCCUGGAUUCCGUCUCCCGGGGUCUGUGGGCGCUCCUCACGGGGAUUUCACAUGCCUCCUUGAAUCCGUUCCGUGUAGACUCUGGGAUCAAAUGGGUUUUUUCCUUUUCAUUUAAAUUUGACUAUUUUACAGCUUAAUGUACGUAUGUUUCUAUUUUAAAAUAAAUUUCUCUGGCUGUACACUCUU